AUGAGUCAUCCAUAAGAAAGAAUUUGUGAGUUUUCAGCUAAUUUAACUUCUCCUUUUGAAGUUGAAGGAUCUCUUUAUAUUGUUUCAUAAAAUGGUGAAAUAUUGAGCUUUAAAGACAACUAGUUAAAAAAUGAAUUCCAUUUUGCUGGUUAACCAUCAUCUUUAGUUAUUGAUUCAUCUGGAAAAAUGUUUUACUUAGCAGAUAUGGCCCAUUAAUCUAUUUUUGCUCGUAUCGUUAACGAAAAUGGAUAAGAAGAUAUUCAUGAAUUAAUAAAAGAAUAUGAAGGUUAACCUCUAUUAGGACCUCAUUCUUUAGCAAUUUCUGAGCAAUUAAAUAGUUUAAUAUUUACUGAUUCUGGUCCUUUUGGUGAAACCUCUAUUGAAAAUCCAAAGGGUAGUGUAUUUAUGAUAGAUUUAGAAGAUAAGUUUGUUCGUCCUCUAGCAUUAAACUGUUUAGCAUAUCCUAGUGGUCUUGCUCUUUCUACUGAUGAGAAAAUACUUUAUGUCUGUGAAACAUGCAAGAAUAGAGUACUCAGAUUUGUUUUAACUCCAUAAGGUAUUUUCUACUUCAGCGUUUUUGCUACUUUCUAAGGUAGAUUCGGUCCUAUUGCAUGUACUGUCAGUCCUUCUGAUUUAUUAUAUGUUGGUAGAUAUGAGUUUUCUUAACUUUCUGAUGAAGGUUUAAUUAGCGUAAUCAAUACUUAAAAUGGCUAAGUAGUUGAAAAUAUAACUCUUUUAGGUUCUCCUGAAAUAUCAGGUUUAGCUUUCUCUACAUAAAAGAGCAAUAUUCUUUAUGUUACUGAAAAUUCAUCUUAAAAAUCUUGUAUUAGAGUUUUAAUUUAAACUGAGGAAAAGGAAGAUAAAAAGGGAAUAAAAGGAGAGUUAAAUGCAUCUUUCAAGUGA